AUGAAUAAUAAAUUUCGUGGAACCAUCCUUUUUGUCUUAUUUUUAAAUUUAUGCACUUUUGAAAAUAAUAUUGUUAGAAACGAAAGUGUAAACUUUAAAAAAUCUAACUUCAGAAAAGGAUCACAAAUAAAUUAUGUUACAUUGCAGGAUGAAGGAGUCAGCACAGACUCAAGUGAUGUAGUAGUCAAACCAAGUGAAGACCCUAAGCAACUAACAGAUAAAUUAAAUGAGGAAACAAAUCCAAAUAUUGGACAAGAACAUAGUGAUGUCCAAAAUAUAAAAGCAGAAGAUGCCGCAGAACAAGGUACAAGAGUAGAUGGAGGUGAAGGGACAGAGGUAAGUGAAACUGUCGAAGAUCAAAAAGCAAGUGAAAAUGAUAAUGGAAGAAGCACUCAACAAGAUGAACAAAUUACACAAGAUGCAGCACAAGUAGAAGCACAUCCAGUAGAUAGUUCAGUAGAAAGGGAACAAUCGGUACAAGAUCAACCAGUUAUGCGGGCAGUUCCCGAAGCUCCCAAAGAAGUAUCAACAGAUGCAGGAGGACACACAAAUCAUAAUAAUUUAGACGCAGGUUCAGGAGAAGAACAACGAGAAAGGGAAGAACUAGUGAGUGAAUCACAACAACCAGAGAAAAACGAAAAUCAAUCACAAGGGGACAAAGAAGAAGUGGAAAUAGUAGACGAGAAAAAAGAACAAGGGGUUAGUACUCCUAAUAACAAAACCGAACAAAAAACGCCAGAUGAUGCUAACACUGAAAAAGAUAAAAAGAUAAAAGACGCUGAGGCCAAAAAAAAUAAAAAGAUAGAGGAUGCAAACACUGAAAAAAAUAAAAAAGUAGAGGAUGCCAACAAUGAAAAAAAUAAAGAAAUAGAAGAAGCUGAAGCUAAAGAAAAACAAAAAGAAGCAGAGAUUAAAUUAGAAGGGGAGAGAAAAAUACAAGAAGCAGAUGCAGAAGCCAAACGUGUAGCAGAUGAAGCACAAAUGAAGGAAAAAAGUAUAACAGCAGAAGCCAAAGCAAAAACAGUGCGCAUAACAGAAGAAGAAUAUUUAAAAAUAGAAAAUGAAACAAAUGAAAAAGAAAUUAGUAAAGUUGUAGCUGAUGCAAUACGGAUAAUAGAAGAAGCAGAAGCUGAAGCAAAACGAGUAGAAGUAGAAGCAAAGGCAGAAGCAAAACGGAUAGAAGAAGAGGCUAAGGCCGAAUGUGAGAGAAAAAAAGUGGAGGCAAAAGCAGAAGUAAAACGAAAAAUAGCAGAGGAAAAAGCAGAAUCCAAGAGAAAAAAAAGUGAAGCAGAAGCAAAAGCUAAUCGAAAAGGAAAAGAAGCUGAAGCGGAAGUAAAACGAAUAACAGCAGAAGCGAAUGAAGAGGAAAAAAAAGAAGUUGAAGGAGCGAACACAGCAUAUAAUAAAGUAGUAGAAGCAGCAGAGGAGAAAGCAGAGAAGGAAACAAAGGAGGAGGCAGAGGAAGAAACAAAGGAAUCGACAUCAGAACCGGUCACUGAUUCACAGAAUGUAAAAGAACCAGAAACAGAAAGCGAUAAAGAAGCAAAAACAGCAGCGCAAUCAGUUGAAACAUCAGCAGAAAAAACUAAACAAGAAGAAGCAUUAGAAAAAUCGAAAGCAGCAGAAGAGGAAAAAGCCGAAAUAGAAAAGGCUAAAAAAGAAGAAGAAUCAGAGAAAGACAAGGCAGAAAAAGUAGAAAAAGCUAAGGAAGUAGAAGAGGAGGCCAAAAAAAAAGCAAGAGAAGAAGAGGAAAAAACGAAAAGAAAAGCACGAGAAGUAGAAGCAGAAGAAAAGAAAAAAGCAGAGGAAGAGGAAAAAGGUGAGGUAGAAAAAGCUAAGGAAGCAGAAGAGAAGGCAAAAAAAAAAGCAAGAGAAGAAGAGGAAAAAACGAAAAGAAAAGCACGAGAAGUAGAAGCAGAAGAAAAGAAAAAAGCACAGGAACAUGCUAAGAAUAUCGGUAAUACCAGACUAGGACUAGUGGAUAUAACUACACCAAGAAAUGAUAAAAUAAUAGAAUUAGAAGAAGAAGUAGAAGACGAAAAAGAAGAAGAAGAACUUGAAAUGAAUGAGCAAGACGAAGAAGAUGAAUUACCACCAGCCGAAGAUGAGGAAGAGGGAGAUGAAGAAGACGAAGAAGGGGAAGUUGAAGACGAGGAGGAAGAGGAAAAAACCGAGCGGGAAGAAGAAAACCAAGUGAUGGAAAACUCUGAUGGAGACAAUGAAGACCUAAAGGAAAAAGAAAAGAAUGAAGACCCAUUAAAUGAUAAUAAUGCUCAUAAAUCAAUUGAAAACAAUUAUCAAAAUGUUAAAGAUAUUAAAAAAAUAGCUGAUGAAAAGGUGAAAGAGAUGAUUAAUCUCAUUGGCAACAAUACUGCAAUUCUGGACACACUGAAAUACUUAUCAAGAGACAUGAAUUAUCUGUUUCAAAUUUGA